AUGACCGAAAUAGAUAGUUCUUACCUUUUAGAUUCUAAUCAUGAUAAUGAAGAGAAUUUUGAAUAUUAUAAUAAUGAUUAUCAUGAUGAUGAAAUAAAUUUUGAUAAUCUUGAUCUAGAUGAACCUCUUGAAGAGGAAAGAGAUACAUCGACAACUCUAACUUUUCAUAAUAAAAGAACAUCUAAA